AUGGCAGAGCCGGGGAGAACACACACCAAACUCGUGGGUGCCCCGGACUACGACGACCCCAAUUUUUGGGAUUUUCGAUUUGCGACCGGUCGCGAUGUCGGCGAAUGGCUCAAUUCGGGCGAGGCCCUCCUGGACGUGGUUCUGUCAGACUUGGAGCGUCGUCCCGGCUUCCAAGAUACACCGCGCGUCUUGCACUUGGGCCCCGGCGUCUCACAACUGGGAAUGAAGCUCCGAGAUGCUUGUAUGGAGCGGCAAUGGAUGGGAAAUGGCAUUGUCAAUGUAGAUUUUUCCGCCGAGGCCGUUCGACUGGGCCAAGAAGCCGAACGACACCAAGCUCCUCACAAGGCCAUGCACUGGCUGCGUGCCGACCUGCUUUCCUGGGAACAUGUUUCCACCCUUAUUCCCUUUGCGCCCUUUGAUGUAAUCUUGGACAAAAGCACGAGCGAUGCGAUUGCCACCUUCAGCGACCGGAAGAUUUCGUCUGAAGAUGAUCUGUCAUGCAUCUGUCCCACUGUGCGACCGUUCCUCUCCAGCGAGCCCACCGUCACCUUGUCUCCGGUCGAGGCGCUCGCUUUGCACCUUGUGCCAUUGACACAAACGAACACCACAUGGAUCGCGCUUUCAUACUCGACCCUGCGAUUUGACAGUCUUCCUUUUCUUGCCAAGUACUGGUCAUUGCGCUCGCGAACGCCGCUGAAAGCGACCCCCGGCGACGUCUCCUCCACGGCCUACACCCCGGAGGUUUUCCACUGGAUCUAUGUUAUGGACCGCAAAUAA